AGAGGAAAGGCGGAGGAGGAUAGCGGGGGAAAUAUGAAAAAAGAUUUAAAAAAUGGAAUCUAAAAUUUUGAAAUGAAAACAAUCAGACAAGGGUGCGCAAAAAGCGCGUAAAUCAAGUCAGUAGAGAUCUCGUCCAGUCCAUGAAAACUGAGGAACGACGGCCGGUAGAUUUCCCACACUUGUUCUAGUAGGGUUUCAGUCACAUAACAGCUCAAAGAUUGAAUGUUAACGCUGUAUCUGUAUCUGAGGCUCCAACAGUGACAAGUAGCAAGAUUCUGCGCAGAGUUCACUAAAAUGGGAAGAAGUCUAGGUCCAAUACUACGUCAGGAGUUGGAGAAUCUUGACAAGGAUGCUGAUAGUAGGAAAUCAGCUAUGAAAGCACUGAAAUCUUACGUUAAAGACUUGGAUUCAAAGGCAAUACCCAUCUUUCUUGCUCAGGUUUCCGAAACCAAACAAACUGGUACAUCGUAUGGCGAGCACACAAUUUCACUAUAUGAGGUUCUUGCUCGAGUUCAUGGGCCAAAAAUCGUCCCUCAGAUUGAAAAUAUUAUGAACACCAUUGUCAAGACCUUGUCCCUUAGCGCCGGUGCAUUUGCUCUUCACCAGGCUUGCUCUAAGGUGGUUCCGGCUAUAGCAAGGUAUGCAAUUGACCCAACAACGGAGGAGGAUAGGAAGAGAUACGUUAUUCAUUCUUUGUGCAAGCCCCUUUCAGAUUGUCUUUUGGGUAGCCUAGAAAAUCUGUCUUCUGGUGCUGCACUUUGUUUACAGAUGCUUGUUGAAUCUGAUAAUUGGAGAUUUGCUUCGAACGAAAUGGUAAAUGAAGUAUGCCAGAGAGUUACAGGUGCUUUGGAGCAGCAUUCACAGACAAAUUCCCACAUGGCCUUAGUUACGGCUUUGGCUAAGCACAAUAGCCUAGUCGUUGAAGCUUAUGCCAGGCUCUUGAUACAGUCUGGACUGCAAAUUCUAGAUGCUGGUUUCGCUGACGCAAAUUCUCAGAAGCAGUUAUCAGCCAUACAUAUGGUGAGUUCUUUAAUGAGAUGCUUGGAUCCCAAAAGUAUAUUGUCUGAGUUGGAGUUGGUAAUUAAGGAAAUGGACAAGUGCCAGUCUGAUCGAAUGCCGUUCGUUACUGGGGCUGCUUUUGAAGCACUACAAAUUGCAAAGAGAAUAUGUGCUGAGAAAGGCUCAAAACUGGAGAGAGAUAUAAGUUCAGCCACCGGCUCAAACUUUGGCAGAAGAGAAAACACUAGGAGGAGAAACAUUUGUAGUUCUGGAGACCAAUCACCUUUCACUGCCUCACCUGAAUCACAAACCGUUGAUUCUUUUGCUGGUUAUGACUAUUUUAUUGAAUCACCAAAUUCGACGAAUCAGGACUAUCAAAGUGUGGAUUCUGAUCGCAGGAGUGUGAAUCGUAGACUCUGGCGUAGGCGUGAGAAUGGAGUCGUAGAUGUAUCUCUUAAAGAUGGCAUAUUCGCAGAUAUAACUCGAGGAAGUGACAUAAUGAGCUCCGAGUAUGAUGAUUUUUCUCACAACCAUGGAGAUUAUUAUAUGGAGAAUUUUACAGGUUUUGUUCAAGGUAGUGCUGAAAAUAAAUUUCUUGGAAGCAAUACGCCAAAUCCGCAGAGAUCGAACUCGCACAUUAAUGUUGAUGAUGUGAAGAUUUUCACUACCCCAAGAAAGCUCAUUCGCUCACUUCAGGAUCAAGAUGAUUCAAAUUCGGGCUUCUCCAAGAAACAAGUGGGGCGGUUCAGAAGUCCACAGACAAGCACAUUUGAGUGGACACCUACAUCAAUGCGUCAACAAAAUUGUUUUCAUCAGGACAUCAAUUAUGACAAGAACGAGGAGAAAUUGUCUUCUCGUGGUGAACAGUACCAUGGUACCUCGGAAUCAGUUUCCUCCACGGAAGAUGUAUUCAGUGAAAAAGAUAUAAGAUUGUCUGCAGAAGAGAAACCUCAAAUUCAAUUAGUCAACGUUCAACACAACCAUAAGAAAUCCAUCCGCAACAUUGCCUGUGGUUUUUCCCUUCUUCUACUUGCAGCAUUUUUGUGUUUGUUGGCAAUAGGUGAUUAUGAUGAUAAUCACUACACUCUUGUCCCAACCUAGAUUUUUGUUCGCCUUUAUGAUGUGGUGUUCUUUGCAACACCUUAGUAACAUUUGAACAUUAUUCUAAGUUGGGAUGUCCUUUUCAGAACAAUGCUUCUUGUUGAAACUGUAUGUUCUAUCCGUUUUUUUUUUA